AUGGAAAGGGUUAACUUAUUCAGGAGUUUUGUAUGCUCCUCUGCCAUGUUGCCUAUGCAGAGUAGAUGUGUUCUGAUAUCCAUGUCGAAGAGGAACUUUCAUAAAACUAUGUUGAGCAGAUCUUAUGAAGCAGAAAAAGACAUAUUGGAUAAACUGAAGCCUAAAAUGACUGCUGAAGAUACUCAGCAUUCAAGAAAGUUGCGUAACAUCGGGAUAUCUGCGCAUAUUGAUUCGGGAAAAACUACGUUCACGGAACGUGUCUUAUAUUAUACUGGUAGAAUUAAAGCCAUUCAUGAAGUCAGAGGACGUGAUAAUGUCGGUGCAAAAAUGGAUUCUAUGGAUUUGGAAAGAGAGAAAGGUAUUACUAUUCAAUCUGCUGCAACUUAUUGUUCAUGGAAUAAGAAUGAGGAGUCUUAUCAUUUCAAUUUAAUCGAUACGCCUGGUCACAUUGAUUUUACUAUCGAAGUCGAACGUGCUUUAAGAGUCUUAGAUGGUGCUGUUUUGGUUGUUUGUGCUGUUUCUGGCGUCCAAUCUCAGACUGUUACGGUUGAUCGUCAGAUGCGUAGGUAUAAUGUCCCACGAAUCACUUUUAUAAAUAAAAUGGACAGAAUGGGAGCUGAUCCUUUCAAAGCUAUAAAGCAAAUUAAUGAUAAAUUGAAGAUGCCCGCCGCUGCUAUUCAAGUUCCAAUUGGAGCUGAAUCAAAUUUGGAGGGUGUUGUAGAUAUCAUUAAUCGUGUUGCAAUUUAUAAUAAAGGUGAAAAUGGUGAUAUUAUUGAAAAUGGACCUAUUCCUGAAAAACUGCACGAUUUGGUGGAGGAAAAAAGAGCGUUACUAAUUGAAACUUUGGCUGAUGUAGACGAUGAGAUGGCAGAAGUUUUCUUGGAUGAGAAGGAGCCAACUGUUGAGCAAAUAAAGAACGCUAUCCGUAGAGCGACGAUUGCAAGAAAGUUUACACCCAUCUUAAUGGGUUCUGCUUUGGCAAACACCGGUGUGCAGCCAGUUUUAGAUUCUAUUAUUGAUUAUCUCCCAGAUCCUUCGGAAGUUUUGAAUACCGCUCUGGAUAUUUCAAAAAAUGAGGCGAAAGUAAAUCUAAUUCCAUCAUCUGUGCAGCCAUUUGUCGGUUUGGCUUUUAAAUUAGAAGAAGGGAGGUACGGUCAGUUAACCUAUAUUCGUGUUUACCAAGGUAAAUUAAAGAAGGGUGGCUACAUUACUAAUGUGAAAACUGGCAAAAAAGUUAAGGUUUCUCGUCUGGUUCGGAUGCAUUCAAAUGACAUGGAAGAUGUUGAAGAAGUUGGUGCUGGUGAAAUUUGUGCUACGUUUGGUAUCGACUGUUCUUCUGGUGAUACCUUUUCAGAUGGUGUUUUGAAAUAUUCUAUGUCUUCAAUGUAUGUUCCUGAUGCUGUUGUUUCCUUAUCCGUUACACCGAAGUCUAAAGACUCAGCAACUAAUUUUUCGAAGGCUUUAAAUCGUUUCCAAAAGGAAGACCCAACAUUCAGGGUGAAAUUCGAUCCAGAAUCUAAAGAGACUAUUAUAUCAGGAAUGGGUGAGCUACACUUGGAAAUCUAUGUUGAGAGAAUGAAGCGUGAAUACAACGUGGAAUGUGUCACUGGGAAACCUCAAGUUUCAUACAGAGAAUCUAUUCAAGCGUCUUCUGAUUUUGAUUAUACCCAUAAAAAACAAUCUGGUGGUGCUGGUCAAUUCGGCAGAGUCAUCGGCACCUUAUCUUCUAUAGAAGGUUCUAGUGAGAACAAAUUUGAAACAGCUAUAGUGGGAGGUCAUAUUCCAGAGAAAUAUUUGCCUGCUUGUGCCAAGGGUUUUGAAGAUGCUACCGAGAAAGGUCCGUUGAUUGGACACAAGGUUCUUGGAGUUAAUAUGCUGAUUAACGAUGGUGCCAUUCAUGCUGUGGAUUCUAAUGAAUUAUCAUUUAAAACAGCAACGAUAGCUGCUUUCCGCCACGCAUUUAUGGAUGCUCAGCCAGUUAUUUUGGAACCAAUCAUGACUAUUUCUGUAACUUCGCCAAAUGAAUUUCAAGGUAACGUUAUAGGCUUAUUGAACAAAUUACAAGCUGUUAUUCAGGACACUGAAAAUGGACACGAUGAAUUUACAAUUGUUGCAGAAUGUCCACUAAGCACACUUUUUGGCUUUGCAACUUCUUUAAGAGCUUCUACUCAAGGAAAAGGUGAAUUCUCUUUAGAAUUUAAGCAUUACUCUCCGACUUCUCCUCACUUGCAGAAACAACUAAUUGAAGAACAUAAAAAAAGUCAAAAAAAAUAA